AUGUCUGAGGCCAGAGGAGGAGGCGGCGGCGGCGGUGGACACGGAGGAGGCGGUGGACACGGUGGCGGUGGACAUGGAGGUGGUGGACACGGAGGAGGAGGACGUGGUGGAGGAUUUGGAGGACGUGGUGGAGGAUAUGGAGGACGUGGCGGAGGAUAUGGAGGACGUGGAGGAGGAUAUGGAGGCGGCCCACACCAUGGAGGAUACGGAUACGGUGGCGGCCGACCAUACUAUGGCUAUGGCGGAUAUAGAGGGUAUGGAGGCUAUAGAGGCUAUGGAUACGGAGGCGUUCUACCCGUUCCAUUGCCCAUUCCCCUGCCGGUGGCCUACAGCGGCUGCUACUACGACGACUACGGCUACUACAGGUGCUGA